UUACCGUAGCAAGUCCAUCGACAAAAUGGCUCCUCGUAUUCUAUCCGGCGGCGGCAAGCUAGGAUGUCUUCGGACCACGUAUGUAGAAGAAUCUGCUUCGCAGGAGAUAUUAUUUCUGAACUCAUCACGAACACCGCCUUAAGAGGAGAUAUGCGCCAGCAGAAUGGCCUCUGUUCUUCCUUCGAGCUCUGCUCAAAGCGCAUACAAGCCCCUCAAUAAUGAUCCCGACCAUCCUUCCAACAUGAACCCUUGGCAGCCUGGAUUCUUUCGGCGGAUACCAUGGGCUGGUAUCAGUUGCCUGUUCGCCGUGCUCUGCUGCUGUGUUGUGGAGAUCACGAUCCUUGUAGCCUCGAAUGGUGCACAUAUUUCGAGCUGGAAAUAUGCUCCUAGCGUGUACCUUUCCGUGGCAUACACAUUAAGCAACAUACUGCUGAGUGCUGCUUUCACUCAAGGACUCACAAUUCACUGGUGGCGCAAGGCCUUGACUGAAGGAACGCAGCUCGGCGACCUUCAUCGUUACUGGGACCAUGGCACGAGCGCAGUGGCAGCGGCGUUCGCGGGACGACACUUCAGCUACAUUUCGUUCGCUGCAAUCUUUGUGGCUCUCACGCCAAUCAAUGGACCAUUGUUGCAAAGGGCCUCAACAACGACCACAGACACCCGUUACUACCACUCCGACGCACAUGAUGUACAGCUCAAAAUACCCGUCGUCAAGACGCUUCAAGAUCCUACCGGAUACACAUCUGGUAGAGCGUACACUGUCACAAUGUUGGACACUAAGUUCGCUCCUGUCGUGCAGGCUUGGAGCACAGGACAGUCCAUAGUCGUAAAUGAAACUGGCUGUGCAGGUGACGGAAAGUGCUCAGGUCUCAUGACUGGCGCCGGUCUCGCCAUCAGCUGCAACUCCAGCACUGCAGAUUUCGAUCUCUCAGGAACGAAUGAAAACGGGUCCAUUAAUAACGCUUCCUUCACCGGAACGGAUAUUUUCCAAGUCAUUUUCGGCUGGUCUGCCUUGACUCCCUCGAACAUCACGCUCGACAUGCAAUAUAAGCCUGGGAAAGCUUGCUCGAAAGGCCAGCUUCAAGUCAAGAACUGUACGAUCGGCGCAGCGACUGUGCAGUAUCCCAUAGAGAUUGAUGGUAACAAAUCAACCAUAUCUCUUGCGACGGGCUCCACACUCGCUGGCGAUCAUGUUGUUUCGCUCGUCGACUACGAUCUUGAGAACAUGUAUGGCCUACCUUCUCCUUUGGGCGGGUAUGCAUAUGCUCUCUCGUCAAAGUUGAAUUCCGCAACUCGAGUGAGAUUUGCAGGCGCCGCUGGAUACGAAGUCACUUCGGGCGGCAGCACAGCGGCGCAAUUCGCCAAUAUGGACGACGUGACCGACUACACGAUGGGAUUGUGCUAUACCAAAUUCUCAGAUCCUACCGAUUAUCUCUUGCAGCAGGCUCGCAACCUCAUGUUUCGUACGGCUUUCGCCCAGGCCAACGCCACCACGAUGCAAAACGUCACAUCGGCCACAGAGACACGGACUGUGACAGUGUACAAGACACAUUACGCCUUCUUAGGCAGCGCCGUAGGGGUGACGCUUGUGGCUAUUGGAGUUGUGCUUGCUACCUUCAAUGGCUUCUGGCUGCUUGGUAGAAGCGUGACGCUGAGUCCGAUCGAGACGGCGAAGGCAUUCAAUGCCCCGCUUCUGGCUCAAGAGCCCGCUAAUGCAGAAGUGAAGGAGCUCGUCAAAGGCGCGGGCAUGAAGCCUGUGCGAUAUGGCCAACCGAUGACGAUACGGCGGAGCCCAAGGAUUUUGGAUUAG